AUGGGCCUCACACCGGUACACUUCUUCUCGCACGGCUCGACCAUGAUGCUGGGAGAAGAGUCCGAAAGUGCCGAUUACUGGAAAAAGUGCGGAGAUGAAGCCCUGGCGCGGAACAUCAAGGGAGUGGUUAUCAUGGGUGCUCACUGGGACUGCAUGGGCGAUAGAAUCGAAUUAGCGACAAAUCCGAACCCUGGAAAGAGCCCUGUGGCCUACGUGCACCCGGACAAGUACGUCAACUACAAGCUCAUUCCCGACCUGGACACCGCGAACCGAUGCAUCGACAUGCUGGCCCGCGAGGGGUUCAACGUUGGCGGUAAUGAGACUUUUGAUUGGAUUCAUGAUGUCUACCUCAUUCUCAUUCGCAUGUUCCCGGCAUAUUGUCCGCCUACGACCUUGGUCUCUGCAAAUGCUCGCUACGAUCCUCAUUUUCAUAUGAAAAUCGGCGCUACCUUGCGUCCGCUGCGCGAGGAGAACUAUUUGUUCAUUGGGACAGGAGGUGCCGUUCAUAAUCUAUACCGGAAUAGAUGGGCUCCAAUGCUGCGAUUCCGCGAUAACUUUGCCUUGGAGUCUCCACCGGAGGACUGGGCUAUGGAGUUCCGUCAGGCUGUCGAGGACGUUAUUACCAAGACAUCCGGUCCACAGUUACGCCGUGCAAUGACUCGGCUGAUGAAGCAUCCUCGCUUCCGGGAUGCACAUGCCACCGACGACCACUUCAUGGCUGCUAUUUUCGUGGCUGGCGCUGCGGGAGAUGCAGAAGAUGAGAACGCACCUGCGAUGAUGGGCGCUGAGAGUUGGGAGUUGACCAACAUGUGUAAUUCGCAAUUCACCUUGGGCAGAUGGCCAAAGGAGAUUGCAGUGUAA